UCCAAUUCCUGUUCGCUUCUUUGCUAACACGAUGCUCAGAACAACAUGGGAUUUCCUCGUUACGCUGCAGCUGUUCAACCAAUCUGAUAUGAAGACGAUCGUGUUCCCUGUGACUGUCUUCUCUCAAGCUUUGGCCUCGCAUCAUUCUGUUAUUCGAUUCUUGCUCGUCGUGUUUUGGAUUUGGAUGCACCUCCUUUACUUCACAGUGACGAACCAAAGUUUUGGCACAUCCCCCGAAGAGGACGCUGUCAAUAAGCCAUCUCGCCCGAUUCCUGCGAAGCGUAUCAGCGUCGACUCAGCAGUAACUCUCGGCUGGAUGCUUGCUCCUGUCGACCUCGCGCUUUCGCUGUAUGCGGGAGCAGUUCCAUCAGGAAUGGCGAUCUGUGUCCUCACCAGUAUCUACUGCAGUGGUGGAGGUCAUAGUCAUUGGCUUUCUAAGAACGGAUGCUGCGCCGGAUUCUACGCUCUUUUCGAAUACGGAGCUACGCAGAUUGCGGACUCUUCGGAGAAGCUCAAUCGGAACCAACUAGGCGCCAUUAUUGGAAGUGCUUUGAUUAUAUUUACCACAAUCCACGCCCAAGAUUUUCGGGAUGAUGAAGGUGAUGCCCUCCUGGGGAGACGGACUUUUACCCUCUCGUUCCCGGUAUUCUCUAGGAUCACCAUGCCCAUCUUGUUGAGCGUCUGGUCGAUAGCGCUAUGCUUGUUAUCCGAAGCCAAUCAAUUUGUUCUGCUUGUUCUCGUCGCACUCGGAGCAGUAACCGGAAUUCGUUUCCUGACCUUAAAAUCGGCUAAGGACGAUCGGCUUUCUUAUCUGUACUACAACAUAUGGCUCUCGAUGGCUCAUGUUGCCUUCAGCUCGUUGAAUCUUGACGGAAUUGCAGUGUAUUUCCAAUAGACUAUCUGCCACGAAACUUUACAAUACGUUACGUAGAUUCGAACUAGAGGUCUAUGACCUUGUCAUUUGUUGUCAAGAGUGGUAUGAUGCGGCCUUAAUUGCGGCAG